CGGUGUAACGCACAACCCAUAAACAUGGGUUGUACAAACAGGGCGGGCAAUUGGGUCGCGCUCGUCUUCCAUCCCUUUCUCCUCCGUAUCUCUUCCGGGUCGACACCCUUUCUGCCCUGGGGGCUUGUCCAUUCCUUGUCUUUCUUCCGCCGUCCUAGUGUCGAACGCAGGAGCCAGUCUCCACUCAUUUGCACCCGCUCAACCCACUCUCCUCAGUGCUUGAAGCCUGUCCCAAGAUGCUUGGCUCAUCUACAUCAGCAUUCGCCAUCUGCCUCCUCUCCUUGUGCUUCUCUGGUUUCGUCAAUGGCGCACCCGUAGUCCAACCCGACCCUGUCCUGAUGGCCCCGCGCCAGUUGGCUACGCCGACCACGGUCACGACGACUGAGACUAUACAGGCGCCGACUGGUCCCAUGCUGCAGACCUGCCAGAUCACGCUGACCCCGAAUUCGGACGGCAGCUACGAGGAAGUCAAGUCGUGCAGUCUGUCCGCCAUGGGUUCCAGCUCUGCAGCCAGUGGCGCAGCUUCCUCGAACGCAGCCCCCGCGAACGCAGGUCCCCCUGCCGUUGUCGUCGUCGGUACUUCUUCCAUCGCGUCCUCUGCCAUGUUCGCGACCGGUGCCGCAGCAACAUCUGUUGCUGCGAGCAUCUCCAGUGCCGCCGCAGCUGCGGCCACCAGUGCCGUCGGUGCCAUCAACAAUGGAGCGGGCGGUGCAGCUGCCAGCGUGAGCGCCGCGUCCUCGGCGAGCGCUGCUGCUGUGAGCAAGACGGCUGUGUCUGACGCCGCUGUGACGUUCACCGUUCCCGGACGGCACAUCCUUAUUCUUCCUUACGGCCUCAUCAUCUUCUGCGUCAUCACUGGAACAAUGUUGCUUGUGAUUGUGUUCCAGCACUUCGAGCGCAUGCGCUACCGCAGGGCGUUCCGUCAACGCAAGCAGGCCGAGGCGGGCUACGGCAGCAUGAAGGCGUAAUGGUGAUAUCAGUGGGUUCCAUCUAGAGUUGUUCGGCGUAACCAGGAUUCGGCUCCUUCACAUUUGCUCUGUUUAUUUGUCUGCUCUGGAGGAUAGACAAUCCUAUGGAUGCGUGUACUCUAGCCGCCUGGGUUUGUGCCAACUAUAUGUUAAUAUCUCGGCAACGUUGAUGACUCGCGCCAGUCUUGCUCGUUCCGACGUGCGACUGACUGACAACUUCCCUGGACUGUGACUUCGUUAUUGACGUUGAGAUCCCCAAGGCCCGCAUGAUUGACGCUGCUUGCCUAAGUACAGCUCAACGGUCACGUU